CAGCACUUGAGAAAUAAGAAUCAGUCAUGGCUCCUGUCGGCGUCGCCAUUCUCGGUGCUGGUAUCUUUGCCAAGGAAGCUCACCUUCCCGCCCUCUCCAAACUUCCGAGCUCAUUGUACUCCCUGAAAGCCGUCUACUCCCGCUCGCAGGAGUCGGCGUCGUCUCUCGCGUCGUCUGCCAAGGACUUGCUCUCGCUGUCAUCUGUUGGCGUGUACUACGACACUCCCCAGUCAUCCGACUCCUCCCUCGCCGCGCUGCUAUCGCGCUCGGACAUCUCUGCCGUGAUCGUCGUGUUGCCCAUCACGACGCAGCCCGGCAUCAUCCGCCAGGCGCUCAAAGCUGGUAAGCAUGUGCUGAGCGAGAAGCCCAUCGCGCCCGACGUGAAGACCGCGAAGGAGCUUAUAGUCGAGUACGAGCGGGAGUAUAAGCCGAAAAAUCUGGUGUGGAGGGUCGCCGAGAACUUCGAGGCGGAGCCCGCGUUCCAAAAGGCGGGAGCGUUGGUGAAGGAGGGAAAGAUUGGGAAGGUUAUCGCUUACCAGAGCAAGAUCAUCAAUUAUAUUGAUAAGGAUAGUAAGUGGUACAAGACGCCGUGGAGGACAAUUCCAGAUUACCAAGGCGGCUUCCUGCUCGAUGGAGGGGUACAUUUCUCUGCCGCCCUGCGCACUAUGCUACCCGAGUCCUCGCAUCCCACUCUGCUCUCAUCUUUCGCCUCCCUCCAUAAGUCAUGGCUGCCUCCGCACGAUACGAUCCACGUUAUCCUUCGCUCCCCCGACAAAUCGUCGGGUAUCUACGAACUCACCUUCGCCUCGCCAUCGCCGUCCCUCGGGUCGGGGAAUGGCUACACGAUAACUGGUUCGGCUGGAUACCUUCUUGCGACCAACGUGAAGGGUGGUAUUCAGAUUACCGUUAAGACAGUCAAGACAGUCAAAGGUGACGACGGGAAAGAGAAGGACGAAGAGAGCGAAGAGGUGUUUGUCGAGGAGAGUGUGGGGGUCAAGAACGAGGUUGAGAGCUUCUUGAAGACGAUAUCGGGCCAGGGCGGUCCUCAAGAUGCUGGGCUUGGAGAACCAAGGCAAACAAUCAAGGACGUCGCGCUGAUCGAAGCGGCCUUGAAUAGCGAAGGGUCGCUGAUUGAUCUGGGUGCGCUAGCCAGCGUGUGAUGGUUGAGGUGUACUAUCUACCGGUACUAGCGUUGGUAUGAGGAGUAAUGGAGAUUCAGCUUUAUCGG